UAGGAUUUCGGUCUUUCCGGCUUUAAUCCCACUUAUAUCAACAAAAUCGAGUUUGCAAAUUCCUAGCCAUUUGUGCCACUUUAUGAGUUAGCAGAGAGUUUAUGUGUGUAAUCUCUAGGUGUUGGCAGAUUUACAUGGCUUAUGCAAAUUUUCCUUAAAGACUUUUCAAUUCCGUCCCCUUUAUUCAACCUUAUUUGUUUUUUACAAAUAGGAACAUUUGUCCUUCCUUCGCCAGGAUUAACUGCAAAAGAUUUCUCUGUGUAAUAUCUUUUCGACCACGGCUUACUUGGUUAAAUGUAAGGACCAUAGUAUGCUGGAGAGAGGGGAAACACAAUUCUGAUAUAGAAACUGCAUCCAUAAAUAGGGUUUCACAAUAAACUUUCAAUUUACAAAAUUAUCAAAGAACCGGAAUAUUUAAUUUCGCUAUCAAGUCAGCUGUAAAUGAUGAUGGUUUUCUUUCUUUACUCCUCGUGAUGAAAUGAAACUCGCCAGAAGCAAUUCUUAUAAAAGGUAGAAGGCUUCUAUGAAACUUGAGGAAUAAAGUCAGCGGCGAAACUAGCUUCAAAGAAUGCCAGGUAGCUUGCUUCUUUCAAAUGAUGCAUAUUCUGAUGUAUCAGAAGCAUCAGGUAGAAGUCUUGAUGCAAAAAUUGGAGCCAAAAAAGUGAGCUUUAACAACGCUGUUCGUGUGAAACAAUAUCCAUGGAAACCCGAUUUAGAUGUGAACAAAGCAGAUCAUUUGACUUUACCAAGUAACAGAUUUUGGUUCAAAGUUUAUAAAAGCAAGCAAGAUGGGCCAUCAUCAUAUGAAUCUGCCGAAGAUUAUUUCAGACCAAGCGAAUGGGCUGAAGAAAACAUGGAAUGCAUUCACGAUUCUCUUGCCCCGAUUGCAGAAGUUGAAGAUCAAGAUUUAGAUUCGAAUCACAUUCAACAUGGAUUGAAGGCUACUUCGAAUAAUCAACGAAUUUAUAGUGAUGGUAAUGCCAAUUCAAAUGGCUACUACUCCGUGAACAACGUCAAUGAUUCCAAAUAUUACCGUCCCAUUGAACCUCCUGUUGAUUAUUUUGAUGAAAUGCAUCUGGGUUCAAAUCAUUACCAAGGUCCUAAAACAGUGUGGCGAUCUGAUGAAAUGAAUGGCGAUCGUUAUAACUAUAAUGGAAAUCAUAUUACGAACAGCAACUUACGAAACCGCAGUAUUCAUGGAACUCAUGAGAUACUUGAAGAAACUGAUGAAAAUGUAGAUGAAAAUAACUUUCGAGAUGGAACAGAUUCGCUGCCACAAAUUUUGAGGCUUCCUCGAAUGGCGAUUCGAAAUGAUUCACCUUUCAGGAGAUCUGUUAGAAGAAUAGAAGAUACAGAUGCUUUGAAGAAACGAGAAAGGAGAUCCCGAUCACAUGAUGAUUAUUUGGACAAUGACAAUCGGUUUAAACAACUUAAAAAGGCUGACAAAUCUGUAUCAACAGAAGACCUUAACGCUAGACGUGACAAUGGCAUUUUUUCAAACAGAUUUUUAAGAGGUAGUCGCGAUAUGGCUACACAAUGCUAUGGAACUCUGAAUCGAGACAAAAAUGUAUCAUCCUUAGAGAAAACUAGUUCUCUUUUUUAUUCACAAAAUGCUGAAUCUGAUAGACUGAGUAAUUUCAAACCCACAACCUCUUCAAGAAUUAAUUAUAGUGAUGAUAGGUUCAAAAGCUAUACGAAAGCGGGACCAGCCAAGAAAGAAAACCUUGAAGAUGAAUUUUCUAAAAGAAUCCGUCCUUAUCAAGAUUACCAAUCAAAAAGUAAUUAUCCAUCAAGUGAAAUUAACCACAGUUAUAAAAAACACGAACCUGCAACAAAUGGUAAGAUAAGCAAUGGCGUACAUAGACUUUCAACACGUGGCGAAAAUGUAGCAGCUUCAGCCCCAAAACAGAAUGGGAAGAUAUAUAAAGUCCAACUCCCCAAAACAGAUUUCCAAAAUAUCUCUUUUUUAAAUGCUGACUCAAAGAAGUUGAGAGAAAAUAGUCAAUCAAAAUCUUCCCGUGAUUCAGCCACUGUUGGGUAUCUCAGAGGACGCCAAAUCCCUCUUACUGAAGUCAAUACAAACACAAACCGUAAAUUUGCCAACAGAAAUGAUAAUAAUAUCUCUAAUAAAAGUCGGCUAUUCCAGAAAACUAAUGAAAAUAAGAAUACAACUUCUCCAAAUCGUAUGGCAAAAUCCGAUUUGCAGACUUCUAAUGACAUAUAUUCUCGGAAGUAUUUGUCAUCUAAUUUAGAAAAUAAAAACGGUAAGAAUUAUAAAAGUGGUUCUCCUAAGCCAGUUAAUAGUGAUGGUGAUAACUCCAUGAUUGAUUGGUCUCUCUCAGGAUUCCAGUUGGCAAGUAAGCCAGAUAAUGGCAUAACAUCUGUUUCUGAUAGUGAAUAUACAGUACAUAGAAGACCACCUCUACUAAUGUAUAUACCCGGAGUCAGCCAUCAUGAUCGUCCAGCUAUAGAAGAUGAUAGAUUGUCUGCUCUAAGUGAUGCGUCUAGAUCCGAAAUUAAUGACGGGUUAAGUUCCCUAGCUACCACUACUACGGGUAAAAACUUAUCCAAUGAUAUUCGAAGACGUCAUUCUAUGCCACGAGACGGGAAGUUAAAAUGGAUCAAAUGGAAAAACAAAGGACAAAAGUGAGAAUUCAUGUAACAAAUUAUUGUGCUUCCAGUCUAAUGUUUUGUUAAAUACUUAUUUUAAACUGUAAAAUUUUCAAUAUAUUGGGUGUUCUAUGAAUAUUUACUUAGGAAGAAACGCAGAAUACACAGUUAUUUUCAAAGUAUUCUUUAAGAAAUCUCUGAAUAUCUAGCGUAUAAAUGUCAAAUGGCAUCCAUACUAUGUAAUAAAAACACUUUUCAACACUUCUUUUUUUGUUAAUUAACAUUUUGUAAGAAUUUUUGCUGUUACUUUCUGUAAUUAAUAUUAGAAUUCAUUUUGAUUUUGAUGCCAAGACUUUUGCUCUUGUAUAUGACCGCUUGGUUAUGUGUCUAAUUCUCAUGGUUGAAAGGUAGAAAAAUAAUUUUAUGUUGAACUCAAGUAAAACAUUCUGAUAGGAUCAUUAUUUAAGGAAAAGAAGCAUAAAUCCUAUUUAUCAUUGUAUAAUAUUUUAUAACCUCUCAUGGUAUAUAAUUAAAUACCUCAAAUAAACAAAAUGAUCGAU